GCACCGUUAAACACAUGCAUAUCGAUACAUAUAUGUACAUGUACCGCGUAUCGUCACUCGUUAGUGCGAUAAUGCCAGGCACUGCAUCAGCUGCUCGCUGUUGUGAAUUGUGAGUCGCUAUCAUCCAUUGUCAGUAUUAUCAGUAUUACUAUACUAUGAUCAAUGUGACACUGUGAAGUGUAACCGUCGGAGUGAUCGUGGAACGAGGUGUUCCGACUUUCGACCAAAAAGUCGCGGCAGCAUAAAUUGGUACAACAUAUAUAUAUAUAUAUAUAUAUAUAUAUGUAUUGUAUUGUAUGAGGCGUGCGAGCGAGUGCGAUACAUGAUAAUGUGAGAUACACGAUAAUGAUCGGAGAGGAGAGAAGAGGAUAUCUGAGGAUACCAUUGUUGUUAUAUUGCAUCGAAUCGUUCUUUAUCAUUUCUGAAUUCUGAUUUCCCUGGAUAACGCAUUACGCAUGUACGCGCGCGCAUGCGGUCCCUUUUGGGCGGCUUGGAAGACAUUGGGAGAGAGCGAGACAGCGAGAUAACGUGGCUCUCGACUCGAUCGCCAGAUUCGCGAGCGGGAUUUAUGUCACUACAGCUAUAAUUUCUGCAAGAGGCGAAAAUCAUCGGAAUAUUCCUUGCCAUGUUCUCUCUCUCUUUCUCUCUCUCCUCUCUUUUUUCCUCUCUUCCGUUUUAUGUUUGGCAUGUCUCACGUUUUUCUUCGCGCUCGUGCAAAGUUCAUCUCCGUCGAUUCGUCAUCGAGAUAGCGCGAGGGUGACAGCUCUGCGACAAAAGUCGCGUCUAUCAUAGUCUCGUGAUCGCUGCCCACGCGCGGCGACAACUAUCGCUGUUGUUUGUUGAACUCACGAAGCUUGAGCGUGUUCGAGUUCUGACAAUAAAUCGCCGGUCGCCCAACAGCUCAACGGGAUGUCCAUUAAUCUGAGCGAGGUUGAUCCGUUCAGUGAGACGCCGAUGGAGCUGCCCAUGGAGCAAGAAUCCUACGAAGAUAACGACCAAGCAAUAGUGGAAUCAAGUCCAAAGAACGAUAUAGCUAAUGCUGUGAAUGAAGCAGAUUACGCCGAGCCUUUGACUCCGGAAGAAAUACGUUGGUUUUAUAAAGACGGCGUUGACAAAAGGUGGAACGAAUUUUGCGGGUACGACAGUUUAAGAAUUGAGAGAAUUUAUCAAGAACGUCAGAAUUUAAUUAGCGAAAGUAAUAAUGGAACAAACGGUUUGUCACCCGCUGAAAAAAUUGUGGUUAGAGGUGGCAUGUACGAUAUCGAAAUAGAUAAUAUGAAAUGCGUUUCGAUAUAUUGGCCAGGUGAAGAAUGGGAAAUUAUGAGGGGUACAUGGUAUUAUGAUGGCAGUUGGAUACCCUUGGAAACAGAACAUUCUAAAGUAAUAGAAAAGGUACAUCUUGAAUUAUUUCAAAAGGAAAGCAGCAAUCAAAAUAUCAUUACGUGUGAAACAAAUCCUCCUCAAUCUUAUAAAGUGUUACAUACUGAGCAAUUUUCCGAGUUUCACGUUGAUUGGCACUCGGUUAACGAUGUGACAUUAUAUAGCGAAUAUACACCUACUAAAUUAAUGCGUAGCGUUACAUCAAAGUUGGGUUUUGCUAAAACAACAGGCUAUCGAUUAAAAAGAGGCUAUAAAACGCGUACAAAUAUGGAGGAUAAGCCACGUGAUAUCGAUCAUCUAGUAUUUGUUGUUCAUGGAAUAGGACAAAAGCGAGAUACGGGGAAAAUUAUCCGUAAUACCACAUGUUUUAGAGAUUGCGUGGAUUGGCUUAAGCAAAAAUACUUUCCAAAUUCUAAACACAGAGUAGAAUUCUUUCCAGUUGAAUGGCGAUCAUCGUUAAAGUUAGAUGGAGAUAUAGUAGACGCAAUUACACCUUACAGUGUAUUAAGUAUACGUCACUUGCUUAAUACAUCAGCAAUGGAUAUUUUGUAUUAUACAAGUCCUCUGUAUGGUGCUGAAGUUCGAGCUGGAUUACAAAAAGAGUUAAAUAGUUUAUACUGUAUGUUUGCGAGUCGGCAUCCCGAUUGGCAAGGAAAGAUUUCAAUUUUAGCGCACUCUCUAGGAUGUGUGAUUGUAUAUGACAUAGUUACAGGCUGGAUAGGACCUGACAUGCGACUCUCAUGUCCGCAGGCGCAAGAAGUUUUAUUGCAAGGAUUACAAUUUCCUAUUGAAAAUUUGUUUUGCUUGGGUUCGCCAUUGUCCGUAUUUUUAGCUCUGCGCACUCGUACUCCAUCCAACAGAUUAGAUGUGAUGCCGCAAGGUUUAUGUAAAAGAUUCUAUAACAUAUUUCACUGGUCCGAUCCAGUGGCUUAUAGAAUGGAACCGCUUUUGGAAAGGGGUUACAGUAAAAUCGAGCCAGUUCUAAUACCACCAUACGGAGGAAUUGAUGGUCAACAAAUACCACAAUCGCCUUCAUCACUGAACAACGUCGAUCCGACUCUACCGCCAACAGAAAAUGAUGAUAAAGAUGAUAGUCCAGUGGAUAGUCCACCCAAUCGUAAUGCAGAGAAGGGCUGGAGUCUUUGGGAUUUAGUGCGAGGUGGUUGGAACAUUAGAGAAGGUCCAUCUUCGCCAACACCAGAUUCAAAUCCACCAAUCCGUCCAGGUCAAGAAUUAGCACAACGAUUGGAUUAUGUGCUUCGUGCGGUUGGCUUAGGAAGAAAUUAUUUAUAUACUGUAACGGCACAUACGGCAUAUUGGAAUAACUACGAUGUAGCCUAUUUCGUAUUAACAAGACUCUUUCCAACGCUGGAAACUUGAUGGCGGUUUAAACAGUUUAAAGCAGAGUCCCAGCAGUUUCUGCUAAGAUGCUCUAGUCCAUUGUAGGCCUUCUCUAGAACGUGAUAUCGCAAAUAGGUCUGCUACCAAAACAAUCUGUGAUAACGGAAAAAUGAUACAAUAAUGUUGCGAAUUCUAUGAAAAUCGAUCAUUUUAUAUAAUUGUAUAAUUUAGUAAUCGCUCUGCAUCAAGUUAUAUGAGACGAACGUUGUCUUUACUCGUUUUGGAAAGUAAUUGUUUGUACUAAACAUUAGGUAAUCGACAUUUGUACAUAACAUAAUAAAUUCGGUAUACAGAAGCGCAUGAGAGAAAAUGAUAAAUUUUAUGAAAUUUUAUGUUACUAUUUAAUAGAUACAGUAUAUGAAUAUGCUAGAUAUUUAUUAAGUAUAAUAUUUUGUAAAACUCUCUAUGACUUGUUAUGACACGGCAAGCUGUUUUCAAAUAAUAAAAUCAUUCUACAACAAGCCGUUACUAGUCUAAAGUCUUAAGCCGUAAAUUUAUCAAUCACAGUCGAAUGUGAAAAGAAUAAUUGAUUGCGAUUGGUCAAUUUCUUAUGUCUUAAGACUUAAAAACUUAGGUAAUGGUUUGUUGUAGAAAACUCAUAACUGAUACAUUAGUUUGGUAACUAAUGUAUUCUCUAUGUUGAUUGCCUUUGUUAUUGCCAUAUGUAUAAAUAACAUUUUAAGAUUAGCGCCAAAUACGCUAAAUAUAUUAUUGAUCUUACAAUGAAAUGAAGUAAGAUAUUGUGAUGCUUACGAAUUUUUCUUACAUAUAUAUUUGUUGUUAAUCGAUUUACGAAUGUAUACUCAGAAGUAUUCAUAUAAUGUAGAAAUACUUGAAUAAUGCAAAAACACGAGACACCAUAUAACACAGAUUUUUAAAUAAUAUAUAACUUAUUAAAAUACAGUAUACAAGUAUUUUGGUAUAGCUUUAUAUCUCUCUAAUUCAUACUUUUAAUUUAAUAACAAGUUCGUAUUAUAUAAUUGUGUUCCUUUAUAUUGUUUUAAAGAACUUAAGGAAGUGCAAAAUAUUCGUAUGAAUUCUAUUAAGAGGCUUCUGAGUAUAGUCGCCAUUAUAUUGGGUCGUGGCAUCAUAAGCCAGAAAUAGCACGUUGAAAUUUUUUGUAUGCCAUUUGUAAAUAAAUUUGGAUAAAACGAAAUAUGUAAUGAAAUCGAUUUUAAAAUACUCAUAAACUAUCCUUCCUCCCUCUCACGGGAAAUAAUCGCAAAAAGCAUGUGAAAUCUUAGAACAUGUAUAAAUGGAAGGAGAAUUGCCUACGCUGCCCAUGUAUCGAGCUUAAAAUCAACAUUUGUGCGAGAGAGAAAGCUAGAGAGUUCCAAAUCGCAAUGCGCAUGCUCAGGCUGUCGUCUGUGUGAGUUGUACAUUUUUUUUAGUGUUCCUCACACAUUAACAACAAAGUAAAACGGGGGAAAACGGAAUGACACAUGUGCAUUACAGUCAAUUGGGACUAUAAUUUUCUGAACUGUCGUAAUAGAUAUUGGCUUCAGGGAAUAGCGAUUAUGUAACUUUUUCUCCAAGGCGGAAACGUGAAGAGUGAACAUUUUUUGUACAUAAAAAUUUUCAUUUUUCACGUUUCCGCUCUAAAGAAAAAGUUAUAUGAUUGCUACCCAGAUUCAAUACUCAAUUCCUCUUCCAUUUAUAUAGGUAUAUGUUUUAUGUGUGAAAUACAUUUACUUAACUGUACAUAGGCGUAGCCUAUUUUUAUCUUACGACUAUUUGCGAACUGUCAGGGGAGAUAAGAAUUUCUUUUAUUUUUUGUUAAAGCGAUCUUAUUUUGUUUGUCUUUUGUUUGUCAAAUUUUCUUCAUUUAUAAAUAGCGUGCAAAAAACUUCAACGUAUUAUUUCUCGCUUAUGACAUCAUGAUUCAAUGUGGCUGCAGCAAUCAUUCAGAAACUUAAUAGAAUGCGGUCCGUGCGUGGUUUGCGCUUGCAGCGCUUUUAAGCACUAACAAUAAGCAUCAUUUGUCCUUUAAUAUUUAAAGUUCGACCGAAAUUUUGGUUUUGGUUUCGAUUUCGGUCAGUUUCAAUAAAAAAUCAGAGUUUCAA